GGGAGGGAUGAGCAGUGAUGCUGCCUCUGGUCGCUCCGCACAUCAGCAGCGUAGCUCCAGUCCUCAGUCACACAGACCCGGGGAAAGUCAGCACGUCCGCCCGCAGAGCGAGAGAGAGAGCGAGAGAGAGAGAGACCUCGCCGCAUAGCGUUAGUACCGGCUGAACCCUGAUAACAUCCACGCUCUUUCCAAAUGGAUGUCUCCUCUUUUUCCGCCGUUUAACGCUGGACCGGCUCUUGUAGCUCGCGUUCACCGCGAGAAACCGCUCACCCCCGGCUUUUUUAAUUUUUGUAUUUUUUGUUUUAGGUUUGUCUCGACGACACGGAGAGGACCACACUCCCCCCCCCCCUCCCACCCUCAUCUUUAGCUCGCUAAGCUAAGCUAACUUAGCUGUGAUACUUUGCACCGUAUCGCCCGUGUCUCUGCCUCGGAGCUUUGGAGCCUCGGCGGUCGUAUCGAGUCGCCACGCCGCCACGGGAGUAUGUUUGAGUGACAAGCGAAGGAGGAAGUGGGAUCUCUCACGCUCCGCCUCCUCUGCUGGUGGAGCAACCUGCACAUCUGACCAGAGACUCCUUUAGUCACUUGGACAGGAUGCGGAGGUUCGCUUACUGUAAGGUGGUUUUGGCCACUUCUCUAGUGUGGGUGAUGCUGGAUAUGUUCAUUCUGCUCUACUUCAGCGAGUGCAACAAGUGUGAUGACAAAAGAGAGAGAGGACUGCCAGGGAGACAAGAUGCCAUGACCAGGCCGCGGGACGGGCCCGGAGAAGGCGGAAAGCCGGUGGUGAUCCCGAAGGAUAACCAGGAGAAGAUGAAGGAGAUGUUUAAGAUCAACCAGUUCAACCUCAUGGCCUCGGAGAUGAUUGCUCUCAAUCGGUCACUGCCUGACGUCCGCCUGGAAGGGUGUAAGAACAAGUUGUACCCCGAUAAUCUUCCCCGUACCAGCGUGGUGAUUGUAUUUCACAAUGAGGCGUGGAGCACACUGCUGCGAACCGUCCACUCCGUCAUCGACCGAUCACCUCACACACUACUGGAGGAGAUUGUCCUAGUGGACGAUGCCAGCGAGAGAGACUUCCUAAAGCGGCCGUUGGAGCAGUAUGUCAGAAGGCUGGAAGUCCCUGUCAGAGUGGUGAGAAUGGAACAGCGGUCUGGACUCAUUCGUGCUCGCCUCAAGGGAGCGUCCCUCUCCACUGGCCAGGUCAUAACCUUUUUGGAUGCUCAUUGUGAAUGCACAACAGGUUGGCUUGAGCCUCUGCUCGCCCGCAUCAAGCAAGACAAGAGAACAGUGGUGUGCCCCAUCAUCGACGUGAUCAGCGACGAUACGUUUGAAUACAUGGCAGGGUCCGACAUGACGUACGGGGGCUUCAACUGGAAGCUCAACUUCCGCUGGUACCCUGUUCCCCAGAGAGAGAUGGACCGCCGCAAAGGAGACCGCACGCUGCCCGUCAGGACUCCCACCAUGGCAGGUGGCUUGUUCUCCAUAGACCGAGAUUAUUUCCAGGAGAUUGGCACGUAUGACGCAGGCAUGGACAUCUGGGGUGGCGAGAACCUGGAAAUCUCUUUCAGAAUUUGGCAGUGCGGUGGGACGCUCGAGAUUGUCACGUGCUCUCACGUGGGCCACGUGUUCAGAAAGGCGACGCCCUACACGUUUCCUGGAGGAACGGGACAGAUCAUCAACAAAAACAACCGGCGCCUGGCCGAAGUCUGGAUGGAUGAAUUUAAAAACUUCUUCUACAUCAUCUCUCCUGGUGUGACCAAAGUGGACUAUGGUGACAUCACAUCUCGCUCGGCUCUGAGACAAAAGCUUCAAUGUAAACCCUUCAGUUGGUACUUGGAGAAUGUGUACCCUGACUCUCAGAUCCCCAGACACUAUUACUCCCUGGGAGAGAUCCGCAACGUGGAGACCAACCAGUGCCUGGACAACAUGGCCCGCAAGGAGAAUGAGAAAGUCGGCAUUUUCAACUGCCACGGCAUGGGAGGCAACCAGGUUUUCUCCUACACGGCCAAUAAGGAGAUCAGGACCGAUGACUUGUGUCUCGACGUGUCCAAGCUAAACGGACCCGUCAUGAUGCUCAAGUGCCAUCACCUCAAAGGGAACCAGCUCUGGGAUUACGACCCCGUGAAGCUGAGCCUGAUCCACGUCAACAGUAACCAGUGUCUGGACAAGGCCAGCGAGGAGGACAGCCAGGUGCCCAGCGUCAAAGACUGCACACACGCACGCUCCCAACAGUGGCUACUCCGCAACGUCACACUACCAGAGGUCUUCUGACCACACUUGGCACGCUCACAAACGCACACACUCAUACACACAGCGGCCCAGAGUAAGCAAUCAGGGGAACAGACUUGUUUAUCGGGCACAAGGAAAGGAAAGACUUCCCACGACGGGAUUCGAGAAGAGAGGAGGCCGGAUUGGACAGUACUACCUCUGCCAGAGAUCAGAGGGAGGAGUGUGUUUGACCCUCCUCAGAGCGAGAGAAGAGGAAAGACUCCCUCUAGGAGACGAUGGCUGUUUUCCGUUUGUUUGUUGUUGUUUUUUUAAGAGAUUUUACCGCGGAGACUUACUACAAGACUGGCCCGUUGAGUCGAGGUUUGCACUCGCCGCUCCCCUGGACAAAGCAGUUUACCCCUCAAGUCAUCCCUUAACGUUGUUUACUGACUGCCUCUCUGUGUGUGUGUGUGUGUGUGUGUGUGUGUGUGUGUGUGUGUGUGUGUGUGUGUGUGUGUGUGUGUGUGUGUGUGUGUGUGUGUGUGUGUGUGUGUGUGUGUGUGUGUGUGUGUGUGUGUGUGUGUGUGUGUGUGUGUGUGUGUGUGUGUGUGUGUGUGUGUGUGUACUUUUUUUUCUUCUUUUUUUAAAUUUAAUUUUGUAAUGGAUUCUUUUUCUUAAAUGAACUCAUAUGAAGAAGGGUGCAUGUUUAAGUGUAUGUGGAAGGAUGUGUGAGAAUGUUGUGUGUGUGUGUGCGUGUGUGUCAGAGCCCCUCCCACAGUCUUGCAGUGGUGUAUGUCUCCCUCUGGUGUUACUCCCGGGCAUCUCAUUCUGCAGACUUGGGCCUCCCGACUGAGGAAUUUCCUCGGGACUGCGCAUAAAAAUCCGAGAGGACCGAACACAAGGACCCGACGUCUGCCAUCCGCAGAGAUCUAGAGAUAGGAAUAUGAUGUUUGUGAUAUCUUGAGAUUUCUAUGUCACAUUUUUACAUGGCUUUGUCUGUUUCCACAGUCCUGUGAGAGGGCCACAGAGCAGUAACCCUAGUCUGUCUGUCUGUCUCUGUUGUCUUUAAAGAUGUUUAACAUAGAGCUUACACAGACACACACACACAGAGGAACAUGCAUAUAUAACUGAUAUUCACUGCCUAAUGUAGUGUUAAACGGAGCUCUCUCAUAAGGCACUACAUAUUCCCACACACAUCCUGUAUACAGAUAGGAAUAAGGCUUCACUGGCCUGAUACUUUAAUCCAUUUUGUCAUAUCUUCUUCUCAAUGACCUCUUAAAAGAAAUACACUCCAAGGGCUUCUUUCCUCCAGUGGAGUGUGUGGAUGGAUGUGUCUCGUGUGUGUGAGUGCGAGUGUGUGUCUUCAGCACUAAUCCCCAGUCCAUCAGCUCCCUGUUUACGAGGACAAACGGCUCUCAGAUUCCUCGCUGUUGGACAAACGGUAGACUAGUGUAGACUGACGUCAGAUCAGCGUAUCCCUGCGUCUGUUGUACAGAAGAGCGAAAGCGGCUUUUCUUCUUUUAAGCCGAGUCUCUGCACAGGACAUAUCUAUAGUAGGAAAGGAAGCCUGGAAAGCUGUUGUUAAAAAUACCCGAGAUAGGUGAUUUUGGAGACUUAAUCGGGCAAAAACUAAUAAUUGUAGAGAGUGGGAGUGAAGAUUUGAACUGUGGAUUACAAAGAGCGAAACAGCAGAAGACAUAUCUUAAUCCAUAACGACAUAUCUCACUGUGCAAGCUCACUUGCCGUAUUCCACUAGACAUAUCUCACUGAGUCAGAUAGCUAAAUGGCUACAUUAGUGUUUUUCAUUUCAACCAUCAUGCUUUCUUUAUUAGUUCUUUCUUUCUUCUUUUUUGUAUCACUCCUGCAACUCCGAGCAGGAGAGGUGAUUUCAUAAAGGUUUGAACCAUUUGGGCUUCCUCCAGUGGAGGAGGGGUUUACACAGAGGACAUUGUUGGUCCUCGUUGUGGACGCGAUAGUGAGAGAAGGCCGUCGCCUGAUUUCAUGUCUGAGCGACUGACUGCGUUUGAAAGAUGUGAACGUGUUUUUGAUUGUGUGACAGCGGGAGUGUAAUGAUUGAUUCGAUUUUUUUUUGGGGGGGGGGGGGGGGUGGGGGGGGGGGUUUGAAGUUAACUGACAUGUCCAGGCUUCCACACUGAGCUGAUCCAAAUGUAGAAAAUAAAUUGAAAAAGUUUACAGAACAAUACGAGGAAAAUGUUGAUUUCUGCCUCAUAACACACACGUUCUCUUCAGGCAGAAACCGUAACGGCUCACAUUUAGUAAACAAACAAAA